AAAUUCGUUCGGAGGGAUAGGUGCCCGGUACACGUUCCGCUGGAGGCUGGACCUAUUCCGAAUGAGAUGCCACCCUAUGUCAUAAACACUGCACGCUGCCUGGUCACGCCCCCGCGCCCGCCCUCGUCAGCUCCGCGCACGCGACGCGCGCACGCCCCCCAAGAAGACGAUCACGCCUCAGUUCACGCCCCCUCCGCCGCCACCCCGGGCCCCGGGCGCCGCCUCCUCGGCGGCGAGCCACUAUAAGAGCGGCGCCAGGACGCGGCCUGCGGAUUCCCGUCCGGCACUACGUCGCGUCAGCGUCGACACUGUGCACCUCUCGCAAAUAUUCACGCAGGAUGCUGUUGGGUCGGCGCGCUGCGGUGACGUGGGCGCUGGCGCUGCUGCUGGGAGCAGCGGCCGCCACGGGGGCCUCGGGGGCGCACGUCCCCGACGGCGCCGAGGAGUCCAACGCCGUGGAGGAGUCGGAGCGGGGAGGGCGCGGCGCCGGGGCGGGCAGGGCCGUGCUGGCGGAGAUGGCGCGCGAGCUCCUGAGCCGAUCAGCCACCAGCAGUCAGGUGCUGAGCCUCAACCUGACCAACCUGGUCAUCCUGCUGGUGCUCAAGGCCAUCAUCUUCGGCGCGGGCCACAUGGGCGUGGGCUGGGCGGGCAAGUCGUCGCGCGGCGGCGAGAGCGCUGGGCCCGCGCCCCUCGUCACGGAGCAGGAGGCCCUGCUGUUGCUCGGCUUCCUCAUGGGCGGCCAGGGUGGACCGCACGGCCCCCACGGGCCGCACAGCGACCGCAUCGACCGGGACGGCUACCGCUGCCUCAACCGGGUGGCGUGCCAGGAGCCCGAGGCCGCGAACAGCUACGCGCGCGCGGGCAUCCUGCUGUCCAACGGCGCCAAGCUGCUGAACGGGAUGAUCCCGUACGACCCAAAGUACGACCACAUCGUGGAGGGGUUGGUGGACGCGGUGGAGUACGGGCGUCGCGGCGAGCGCUGCGACCUGAGGUACUCCUGCGCCCGCAGGUAGCGGCUCGCGGGCACAACCCGGGCCGUUU